CAGUAUGUAUAAAUAGUCAGAUUGUCAGUAUUUAUUACAGUAUUCGAUACAUUUAUCAAAAAGUAUCGGAUACUUCUGACUUCGGAAGGUAUCGGAUCUUUUGUAUCGGAUAGAUACUUUUUGCCCACCACUAAAACCUAACCUCAACCUAAAGUGCAGGCAGAAGCAAAAUUCAGACUGAAAAUAUUUUUAUAAACGUAUCUGAAAUAGUGAAAUAUAGUUUUAUCCUUUUUAUAAAACCCUAAUCUUCAGAAUGGAAUACGAAGUUAACGAUUUUUUUAAUGAAAUCAAUGAGAUUGCACCACCAAAACAAAUGGUGCCAAAACAAGAAACUGUUUGGAAGCAAUGUCAGGAUGAGCUGACUGGUUACACGUACUACUGGAACACAAAGACAGACGAAGUGACGUGGGAGCCCCCAGCAAGCUACAAAGCAGCUUCUAAGAAAGAGACGCCGUUUCCUAAAGAGCUACCUCCGCAGAAAGCUAACCUGUACAUACCUCCUAAGACUGUAACUACCCAACCGCCUGGCGCUGUCAAAAUAUACUCGAUAGGGGAAUGUUCGCAACAGACAUUCAAAUUGUCAAAUGAUACAGCAGGAGGGGGUAGUAAUAAGAAAAAGAAAGUGAAAACCGCUAAAGACAGGGAAUCUGUGCUUAAGAAAUUCUUGGGGAGAGAUAGUGAGUCCGAGGAUGAGAAAAUUGAACUCAUCACAUCUUUUGGAGGUGACUCAGAUUCAGAAAAUGAAGAACCCGUUUCCAAGAAAAACAAACAUGAUCAUCAAGAAUCUGAUCACAACGAAGAAGACGACGAUGAUCUUGAUAUUUUAUCACAGAUUAAAAGGGCGCAAGCAUUGAAAGACAAGAGUGAUAAUAAGAAACCCAAACCCUUGCCCAAACCUGUAGUUAAAGAAGGCGUUACAGAAAAGUCUACUAAAAAUGUACCAGAACGAACUGGGCUCAAGCUUGUAGCAGGCUACAGUGAUAGUGAAGAAGAUGAGCCUCCUGAAAGCCCAAUAGUAAAGACGACAGCAUUUGUGCAGCCAGAAUCACACAGUACAUUGUUUCCAAUUACGAAACCUAUUGAUAUAAAAGAUUUUGCACAGCCAAAGACUGAAACUGAAGAGAAAGCACCUGAUCAGGAUGACUUUAUUGAUGCAAAGGCAUUUCAGAGGAAGAGGAGGAUAGGUGUGGCUCUAGUUAAUACUGCAAAAAAGAAGGAAGAUGUUGUAGACGGAGAUAGUGAAAGAAAAGGAUUAGGUUUUAGUACAAAUGAGUCUCAGCCUCCCCAGCAAAAUUCGAAUGUUUAUCCUGGCUUUGCGAAAGGUGGUGUGAUGUUUGUGAGGUCAGACGUGCUUCAACCUGCAGAAACUGUGGAUGAUAAAAUUGAUAAAAAAGAAGAUGAGGAGAAACUUGUUAAUAAAAAGGAAAUAGAAGAUAUGUACCAGACAUUAAAGGAAAAACUAGCAUUUUUGAAUGUUGACUCGGAUGUUGUGUCGCCUGUACUUACUAUCAUUAUCCAAGCUGAGAUUUUGUUUUCGGCGAUGCAUGAGGGAGGUUUAAAACUAUCAUAUCUGCAAAAGUGGCUCCAGAAUACGUGCUCAGACUUGAUAAAGCUAGAGAAGGAAGCGGCGCCUGAAGGCUGGCUGUUACAGUGGGAUAGGAGCUGAUGUGGCCUGGUGCAUUCCAUGAAGAUGUAUGAAGCAGGACCAGUAAUCCAGUUUCACUUGGAUCCAUUUAUAUUCUUAAUUUGCGCCCAUUUAAUAAAUCUCUCUUGAUAUAUUAAAUUGAUAUCCGUGCAGGUAGAGUAUGAAGACGGAAAGUGAGUUGGUUAUAGGAACCACACUUAUUUUUUACUGAUUUCUUUAAACGUAAUAUGAAAUUUUUUUUAUGAUAGUUCCGGAUCUCCGCGAUAAUUUGUAAUGGUACGAAGAGAACGUGUCCGCGCGACUGAUAGGAGUUUCCACAGCUGUUUAAUAGUAACCUUGAAUUUGACCUUGACCAUGACAUUUGUCAAUUCGAUUUCUUUAAAUAAAACCCUCAUUUUUGACCCCGUAAAUAAAAAGAUCCGAAAAUGUUACAUUCAAAUAUGGCCCAUUCUUAAAUGUUGACCUUAGGUCAUGAUUAAGGUCAAAACCAGGUACGGUGAUAUAACUUGAACGCUAGUAGUCGUAUAGGGAAACCACCGUGACAUUAUUUUCAUGAUUUUCCCCGGAUAUCCAAUGGUGACCUUGGAUCUGACAUUGUGACUUUCAAGGUCAUUUGAAUCUCAACUCUUUUAAUGGGAUCCUAUAUUUUUUGACCGCGGAGACCGAGUGAAGGGAAAUUUUUAUGUUAGAAUAUGUACCUACUUG